CGGACUUCACGUUCUGCAACUCGUCGCAACCCAAACAGAGACGUUGAUCGUCGAAACUUCCUCCAUCGCUAUAAUCCCCCACUAGAAGCAAAUCUCUCUCUCUCUCUCUCUCUCUCUCUCCGAAUCCUCCGCCACCUUAUCUCUCUCCGUGGAAUUUCCGGCUACUGUUUGGAGUUUCUCGUAGGUUGUCAAACCUGCAGCUUCUACUAGAUCAAUGAGUCAGAAAGGUCUCAUAUAUAGCUUUGCCGCCAAAGGGACUGUAGUGCUAGCGGAGCACACCUCAUACUCGGGAAACUUCAGUACCAUUGCAGUUCAAUGCUUGCAGAAGCUGCCUUCUAACAGCGGCAAGUAUACAUACUCUUGCGAUGGGCAUACCUUCAACUUCCUCAUCGACAGUGGAUUUGUUUUUCUAGUCGUUGCUGAUGAAUCAGUUGGGAGGAGUGUACCGCUUGUCUUCCUUGAACGAGUGAAAGAAGAUUUCAAAAAGCGGUAUGGUGCUAGUAUUGCCAAUGCAGAGAAGGAGACAGAUCCCCUCGCUGAUGAUGAUGAGAUUGAUGAUCUAUUUGAAGAUCGGUUUAGCAUCGCGUACAAACUUGACAGAGAAUUUGGGCCAGUACUUAAGGAGCACAUGCAAUAUUGCAUGACCCAUCCGGAAGAGAUCAGUAAGCUAUCCAAGUUGAAGGCUCAAAUAUCAGAGGUCAAGGGUGUUAUGAUCGACAAUAUUGAGAAGGUCUUGGACCGUGGAGAAAGGAUUGAACUCCUAGUUGACAAAACCGAAAAUUUACAAUUCCAGGCUGACAUUUUCCAGAGGCAAGGGAGGCAACUGCGAAGAAAGAUGUGGCUUCAGAAUCUACAGAUGAAGCUUAUGGUGGGUGGAGCAAUCCUGGUGGUAAUUAUAUUGCUGUGGCUCUUCGUUUGUGGAGGUUUUAAAUGUUGAUGCAAUCAGAAACCGUUAUGCAGUAUGGAGAAAGAGCUGGGAUGUUUCUUUCUUUCUUACUAGGAUUGUGUACAAAGAAUGUCGCGUUUUGUGUACUCCUUGAAUUUAAGGAUCCUCUGCCUGUAAGACGAUCUUCUUGUAGUUAGAUGCAUAUCUGUUUACAGCCAUGACUUCUUUGUAGUGCUUCCUGUCUGUUACUAUUUCGAAAUAUAUGGAUUACCAGUUUUCUGUCCAA